AGGAUCUCUCGGUGUGGGACGUGAGGUCAUGUCGAUGAAAACUUCGUCGACGUGAAGAUUUAGCGGAACAGCGCCCAAGGCCUUGGGUUCCCGUUUCCGAAUUCGCUCUCUGUCUCUUCCUCGGGUUUUAGAGGGAGUCGCCAGAGCUGUGACUCGGAGUUGGAUGCAUGCAGGCAGUCCGGGGCUGCCACGAAGGAGACGAGGUGAAUGUUUGGUAAUGAUAAGUUAAGAUGCCGGGGGAUAGGAAUCUUUAGACCACCAUAACUACGAACACAGAGACGAGGAUUUGGCUAGUUGUAUAGAACCAUGGCUCUGCAGCCGCGACUCUCGCUUAGCUGUCUCCGCGGGCGAUCGGUGGAUGCAUGCGCUUUUGCAGUCCCUGCGUCUGCUUCGAUUAGUGCUUCGUCGGAUGCAUGCGUUCGAAUUCCCUGCUGGAAUGGAGCUUCGUCCAGUUCGAAACGUCUUCCGUUCUUCGGAGCCAGGGUUGCUUCUGCAUCUGAUCCAAAGAGCCCGAAUUGGAGGAAGAGAGUCUCCGGUGUGGUACAAGUGCAUUUAGAAGAGUAUGACUUCGAUGAUCAAUCGAAAGAUUAUCAACCAAGUGUGGACUUCUACAAAGUCGAAGCAGUAUUAAGACCUUGGCGGCUUUCUCCUGUUUCAUCUGCCCUUUUAAAAAUGGGAAUUAGAGGUGUCACGGUAACAGACGUACGAGGAUUUGGAGCUCAGGGCGGAUCCCGCGAGCGACAAGCUGGCACAGAAUAUGCCGGUGACAGUUACCUCAAAAAAGUUAAGCUAGAAAUCGUCGUAUCGAAAGACCAGGUGGAGGCGGUAAUUGAUACAAUAAUCGACCAAGCCAGAACUGGUGAAAUAGGAGAUGGCAAAAUAUUUGUGUCGCCUGUAUCGGACAUUAUACGUAUUCGGACAGGAGAGCGAGGGCUGAAGGCUGAGAGAAUGGCUGGCGGACGUGCUGCAAUGCAAACCUCGGCUGAAGGUUCAGAUGGUAACUAAUGACAGUUCAGAUAUUGAAUUCAGUAUUCCCCGCAUACUUGGAAUAUAGGUCAUGGUAGAAGUACAGUCGGUUUUAAAUGAAGAGAACUGUAGCGCUGUAAAUCAUGUGCAUUGCAACAAGCUAUCCAAGUUUCGGCAUUAUGUGUACAACCUAAGUGUAACAUUCGCGGAAUCAAACCUCGGGGUUUUCAUUAGUGCGUAUAA